AGGAAGUAUUUGUUGUUGCCCUCUCCUGCGGGACUCCUACCAGUAAAUCCCGGGGUGUCGAGGCCGGGAGGCGUUGCGGGGCCGCCCAGCCCGGCCUGCGGGACCCCGUCAUAGGGCUUCCGAGGGGGCCCGGAGGAUUUGGCCUUGCCUUCCCCUCGUCCGUUUGGUUCCCCUCGGCCCGAUCCGUCCGUUGCUCUCCGAACGGGAGGCGAAGAGCUCGGCGGGGUUUCUUCUCCCCGGGAAAUGGUGGGUCGUCGUUCCCUUCUACCUCAGGGCGGGACACGUCGCGGACUGUGAGCCCCGCCCGUCCGCCUGGAGCCUCCCGGGGAAACGAGGGCCUGGGACCCUCGCGCCUCCUGAAUGCGAAUCUCAGGGUUUUCGGCCCCGCUCGUAGCUGCUGAUCGCGGCCUCCUCCGACGCCGGAUGCCUUAGGAAGCCUGGAAUUACUUGCGGGCUGCUGCUGCUGCUGCCCUACUUGAACGGGAUGCUUCCCGCUGGGAUGUCCUGAAAUGCACUGGAUCCUAUGGUGGAAGUCCAGCUCCUCUCACUCUCUUCUCUCUCUCAGCACUCAGGGUCUCCUCCACGUGUCGUCGUGGUCUUCUUCUUCAGCCUCUGGGACGGAGGCUUCUUCCUGCUCCGAAGAUGGGGCUCUGAAGGCCUGCCUGGGUCCUGAAGGAUGUCGCCUUGAAUGCCUUUGGUUCUUGGGAAAGGCAGCGCAGCUUAAAACUCGGCCCCAGGAAACCGAAAAACCAACUUAACACCGCUCAUCGCCCGACGUGUUUUGUGCAGUGUUUUAAUGUACAUGUAGCUCCUACAUACAUUAAUAUGUCCGGCUCUGGGCCGUGUUCCCUGUUUUGGGAGGAAAGACGUUUGUGUCGGUGGCUCCUGAUAAAUGAAUGUUGUGCUGAUCUGGGAAAAUCAGAAUGAUUUGACAGACCUAGGAAGAAAGCACCGAGAAAACUCUCUUGAAAACCAAUUGUCAAGAAAACUUCAGGGACGGGUCCAAGCAUCACCAGAAGCCAAGACUGACUUGAAGGCACAACUUCCUAUUAAUGAAGCAGGGGAAAAAAGAAACAGAUCUCUUCCUUUUAAUGGUUCCUUUUGGUGAAGCUGCAUCCUUGUUUCUAAAGGUCUUGGAAUGGUUGGGCGAGAAGAGGGGACCCGAAGCUCUGCAAUGAGAGAGCCAAAUGCCCGUGGCUCCCUCUUUAAAGAGAGCCAGGAUUAAGAAGGACAUUGGACGUGAGCAAUGGCUGAUGGCGAUGCUGCUCUGAGCAGUGAGCCACCUGUAGGUCAAGAGGAGCGGCCAUACAAAUGCAAGCAGUGCCCACGGAGUUACCGCCAUGCUGGCAGCCUGGUGAAUCACCGCCGUACCCAUGAGGUAGGCCUUUUCCGCUGCCUGCUGUGCCACAAAGACUUCUCCAACCCCAUGUCCCUGAAGAGUCACCUGCGCACUCAUACAGAAGAGAAGCGUCACAAAUGCCCAGACUGCGGCACAAGCUUCCGCGUUUCAUCCCAGCUUCCAAGCCACCACUGCCCAGCUCAGGCCAUCCAGGAGCAGGAGGAAGAAGGCCAAAGGGAUGGGAGUUACAGCUUCCAAAGGGGCCAGGGCAUGUCUUCUCCAGAUGUUGACUCCCGUUCUGGGAUGGAAGGCAGCAGCGGGAGUCUGUUGUCCAAUCUGGAGAAGUACAUUGCUGAGUCGGUGGUGCCAGCUGACUUUUCUCAGCAGGAGUUUCCAAUCAAGAAGGAACGGGAGAAUCAGGAUUCGCUUCCAGGGCACAGGGAGGGCGGGGAGGAGCCUGGGCUGCUGGCUGCCCUGGAGGAUGAGCGCCGCUACAAAUGCAACCAGUGUGACAAGGCUUACAAACAUGCUGGCAGCUUGACCAAUCACAAGCAGAGCCACACGCUGGGGUUCUAUCAGUGUGCCAUGUGCUACAAGGAGUACUCCAACCUCAUGGCCCUCAGAAGCCACACCCGUCUCCACUCGGAGUAUCGGCCCUACAAGUGCCGCUUUUGCCACAAAGCCUUCCGGUUGCCCUCAGAGCUGCUGAGCCACCAGAAAUCCCACAGCCAGGAAGAGAGCAAGUCCGCAGACCCGUCAGCCUGGGAGGAUUCAGAACAUGACGUUUGGGAGGAGGACUCCAUAGAAACAUCAGCAAAGUUGGACAUCUAUCAGCCGCCUCUCAUGGGCACAGGCUUCGGGGACAGGGUGCCCUGCAGCCUCAAAGAUACCUCCAAGGCCGGUGGUGGAGAACGCUGUAAUCCAGAUGGAGAGCUGUGUGUCCGCUGUGGCGGGACCUUCGCCAAUGAGGAGGAGUUGAAGGAACACAGUUGUCUUUACCCAAAGGAGGCAGAUGAAGAAGAAGAAGCUGAGGGCAGCAGCCCUUCCCAAGCAGCCCCCAGCUCCAGUGAAGCUUGGGAAGCCCGUCUGAAGAGCGAGGAAGCCUUUCCCAUGUCUGAAGAGCGUCCUUUCCGCUGCGGGGACUGUGGGAGGACAUACCGCCAUGCAGGAAGCCUCAUUAACCACCGGAAGAGCCACCAGAUCGGAGUGUACAGUUGUACCGUCUGUUCAAAACAGUUGUACAAUUUGGCUGCCUUGAAAAACCACUUGCGGGUACACCUCAGGUCCAAGCUCAACUCCUCGGUUCCAGAAGAGGCCUCCCAGCACCCAACUGGGAUCCUGGAUCCACCAAAAGCGCAAGACUGCCCUGACGACUGCCCAACCCGGCCCUCGGAUGCCUGGAAAGGACCAGCCGCCUGUCCAAAGGAAGAGGAAGAAAGGACUCUCGGGGAGGAAGAGCGACCCUACCGGUGCGAAGACUGCGGUCGGAGUUAUCGCCACCGCGGCAGUCUAGUGAACCAUCGCCACACUCAUCAGACAGGAAUCUUCCAGUGUUCCAUCUGCCCCAAGCAAUACUCCAACCUCAUGGCACUCCGGAACCACGUCCGUGUGCAUUUGCGGGCCGCGCGCAUGCGGGGCAAAGAAUUAGGGGACAGCUUGACCUGCACUAAUUGUGGAGAGAGUUUUGAGGAGGCUGAAUUCCAGCUUCAUCAGCUGCGCCAUCUGCCCUGCACAGAGGACAUUGAGACAGCCGAGGUGCCUAGGCUUGGCGUCCUUCACUGUCAGGAAGCAGAUCUUCUUCAGACUAUUAAACAGGACGUAGAAGCCCUGGAGAAUGGGGCAACGGUGGCUGAGGACAUCCUCCCGGCCUCGGAGAUGUCUCACGUUUGUCACCAGUGCGGGUUGGCCUUUCCUACCAUGACUGGCCUGCAGACUCACGCUGUGCAACACAUCAGUGGAAGGGAGCAUUUGGAAGGGGUGGCGGAAGGAACUGACCCACCUGUCCCCAUCCAGCGUCUCUACGAGUGCGAGCUGUGUGGCAAGUCAUACCGGCAUUCGGGAAGCCUCAUCAAUCAUAAGCAGACGCACCAGACGGGCGACUUCAGCUGUUCGCUUUGCAGCAAACACUUCCAAAACAUGGCCUCCCUUAAAAGCCACUUGCGUGGCCAUCAGAGGCCCAGGAGAGGGCUGUCUGAGACACUGGUGACCACGAACGAGGAGACUGACACUGAAGCUGGUGCUGCCAUGCCUAUGAUUUUAUCUUCAGCAGAAGAGCUGAGAGAUAGUUGCAGUAUUUGGGAAAAGGAUGCCACAGCCAAUGGCUGUCAGUCGGAGUCACAAGCGUCUUCCCCAUUGCCUGACAAUCCUGAAGACCUUCCCUAUCUCUGUGAGCAAUGUGGGCUGGGCUUUGACCAGGCCAAGAACUUGAUUGAUCACCGACAGACCCAUCAAGCUGGCAUCUUCCAAUGUUCUCUCUGCCCUAAAGAGUAUCCCACCCUCCUUGCUCUAAAACACCAUUUCCACGGGCACGCCAACGCCACAACAUCCAGCCAGGACAACCCCAAAGACCACGCUGAGGAGCAGCCAUUCCUCUGCAGCCUCUGCGGCAUGAUCUUCCCCAGCGAAGAGAGCCUUCAGCAUCACCACAGCCUCUUGCACGAGGAGGCCGAAAGCCGGAGCGACAGUCCAGAUGUGCUGAAAAGGGAAACAGAAGAGCAGCUGGAUGGUGGAGGGGAUCCAGAGGAGGACCAGCUCCUCUCCCACAUCUGUGGUUAUUGCGGACAGACAUUUGACGAUAUGGCUAGCUUGGAAGAGCACAGCAAUGGGCAUCUGGAAGAGAAAGCGGCGGCCUUGGCCGAUACUUCUAUCCAGCUACGGCGAGCUCCACGCAUGGAGGAUGACCUGCCCCCUGUACCUCCACCUUUGGUGGAAACAUUUCCUCUUGCUGAUGAUCUGCUGGACAACCGGCCUUACGCCUGUGGUCAGUGUGGCAAGACCUACCGUCAUGGUGGAAGCUUAGUCAAUCACAAAAAGAUCCACCUGAUUGGCGAUUACCAGUGCAGCAUCUGUUGCCGACAGUACUGUAACUUGUCCGCCUAUAGGAAUCACCUUCGAAACCACCCAAGAUGCAAGUUGAACGGCAGCAUCCCCCAACUGCAACAACCGGUCCUUGCUGCAGAAAGGGGACCACCUUGCACUUACAAGAAGCUGAAGGAUGAGCCGUGUGGAGCUUCCCAAAAUGGAGAAGCUCCUCUGAGCAAUUCUUUUCUUGCCUCUCCUAUAGGAAAAGUAAAAGUGGAACAAGGAGAAGAGUUGAGCUCAGGCCUGUCGGAGAGCAGAGAAGCUCAGGAAUGUGAUGUUCCUGGAGAGGGGAAUGAGAAGGAGGAGGUCCACCAAGCAAUACAGGAAAUGGAGACAAUAAAGAAAGAGGAAGAAGGAGCAGGAGAGGAGAAGGGCCCUCAGGCGGAAGAGGAAGACUCUCUCUUGGAACGCCCCUUUCAGUGUGAUGUUUGUGGACGCAGCUACAAGCACGCCGGCAGCCUCAUCAACCACAAACAGACCCAUAAGACAGGCCUCUUUCACUGCAGCAUUUGCCAGAAGCAGUUCUACAAUCUAAUGGCCCUCAAAAACCACAACCGCACCCAUUUUGAAACCAAACGCUACCGAUGUGCCGAGUGCCCCAAGGCAUUCCGGCUCCAGAAGCAACUGGCCAGCCACCAGCGUGUGCAUCGGGACAGGAGGCCGGAGCCUGUUUUCCACUCGGUCCAGAGGCCCCUUCGGGCCAAGCGAAUUGGCAAGGCAGAGACGUUCCCGCUCCUUCCGGUCUCUGCUAAGCAGCUUCCAGAUCCCGAAGAGCGUCCGUACAGAUGCGGGCAGUGCGGGCGCUCGUACCGCCAUGCAGGCAGCUUGCUCAACCACCAGAAGAGCCACAAGGUCGGGCACUUCACUUGUGCCUUGUGCAGCAAGGCUUACCCCAACCUCAUGUCCCUGAAGAACCACCAGCGCAUCCAUUAUGAAGUGAAACGCCACCAGUGUCCCGACUGUGGCAAAGCCUUCAAGUGGCAGCGGCAACUGCAGAGGCACCAGCGCCGACCCCAUCCUUGCAGCAAGGUCAUGCCAGGGCAAGAGCCCGAAAGAACUAAAGCAGAUUGCGAGAGGGAUGAGGGGAACAACCCCGGAGAGGCACCUGUCGGGACUUUGCAGAGCCAACCACGCCCCAAACGCUUUCGCAACCACACCUCCCAAAAGAACCACAGUCGCGUGCGUGCAAAGAAACGUUUGGAGUGCUCGGAUUGUGGCAAAGCUUACCGGGCCUCCAGGGAUCUGAUGCAGCACCUGAGAAGGCAUCAAGCUGAGGAAAGAGGGGACAGUCCUAAAGGCAAGCUGCUGGAGGACCAGCCUUACAAGUGUCAUAGCUGUGAGCGGACAUACCGCCAUCCUGGUAGUCUGCUAAAUCACAAGAAGGCCCAUGCGACCGGCCUCUACCACUGCCCCACUUGCCAGAGGGACUUCUACAACCUACUGGCUCUCAAGAAUCACCUUCACAUCCACACGGACAAGAGACUCCACCGAUGCCCCCAUUGUGGCAAGGCCUUCCGGACGGCCAAGCGGUUGGCCGCCCACACCAAGGUCCAUGGCAGGUCGAAGGAAGAAGAGACCUUCUCCUGCCCCAUCUGCUCGAAGAGGUUCUUCCACCACCUUACCUUCCAGCAGCACCAGUUGUUGCACGCCAAGGUUGAUGGGCACCAUGCCCUUGAGGGUGGUAUCACAGGGGAAGGGAACUGAAGGUUUGUUAGCACACGUGGGGAAGUGCACCCAGGAUUGUAUGGCAGGGAGAUCCAAUUACAGGGAAACGGUCAAGGUUUGGGUAGGAAGCUGGCUUCAUAGGAACUACGGUCCACGCAUCGGGGGGAGGGAAAAAGGAAAAGGUUAAACCUGGUCGUCAAUGGGAGAUAAGACGAGGAAAAUUGGGUCCAUGAUUCCCCAGCUUUUUUCUUUUUCUUUUUUUUAGAACAUAGAAAAACCGAGCUGCGAUAGCAGGGAAGAGAACAGGUGACAUGGGGCGGUGGUGGGUUUUCUCCUCUUAACAGAAUGUUACGUUAAGCACAUAACAGAAUGCAUCUCUGUGGCGUCUCUUGGAAACAUGCCCCCUCUUUCCUGUCUUGGAUCCUCUUUGGGGAACUGACUUUGAACACCUUUGGGACCUUCAGAGGAUUGUGCAUUCUCCUAUUUGCAUUCUUGAACUGUUUUCUAUCCUUUUGGGAUGUCAGAUGAGUAGCUAACUCCAUGUUUAAGCUGCAUAUAAGUAUUUAAAUUGCUGGGUGUUUUUUUUUAUUAAUGGCAAAAGUACUGUCAUAGGAAAAAACAAGAAUACUGGGGGUGGGUCUCAGUGUCGUUCCUGAACAAAGACUUAAAGAAGAAGACAAUAAUCCUCGGUGUGGAGUAAUCUUUCCUUAAAAAAAAAAAAUUCUACCUCCUUCACUAAAAUACGUACACGUUUCCUUGGUAUGCCAAGGAAACAUAAAAAGCAGUUCAAAAGGCGUAGAUUUUGAUCGCUUUCAAAAUGGAUUCUGAAAUGCUCACUAAAAGGUACUAGGGUUUAUGUGGAAGGCUUUCUAAAGAAACUUUGACUGAAAGUUUUAGGUUUAUGUGGGUAAGCAAGCUCUCCUUGGCAGAACCUGUGCUGGCUGUGUUUUAUCAGAAUAGGUCUUGAGCAAAAUAAUAAUAAUUGGGGAUUUUGUAAACGAGUCGUCAAGAAAAACCACUUACCUCCUGAAAUUAGUGGGGCUUCUUAUAGGCGUAUCUCUUGAGAGGAAGAUUCCAUUUUCCUAGUUUCCCCGCCCCCCCUUUGAUCUCCCCCUUCCAUUCCCCAGAUGGGUUGGCCCACCACCCCUACCACCGUAUUGACUGAGAAUGAUGGGUGUUGCCAUCAAGUGCAUCUUGGAAGAAGGCAGCUCUGAGAACGCUUCUUGGCUACAGCUACCCUCACCAUCUUUUGGACCACAGAAACCAGAUCUCUCUGUCUGUCCAUCUUUUUAGAAGGAGACAUGGAGUGCCCAGCUGAAGGAGAAGGGAUAGCGAUGCACACAGAUCACUUUAUGAUCCAGGCUGUCCCUUAGGGGGAUUCUCAUGGCCAGACUCAAGUUCUUCAUUUCUCUUUACACCCCAGAGAAGCAUCUGGGGCACUUUUUAAUUUGAAGAAAAUUUUCAAGGCGCUCAACUUUCUGAGCUCUGCUGCAUCCAGAUAGGAGCUUGGUUCUGCCAUUAUUUUGAGACACUUAAUUUAUCUUUGAUUUCUGUUCAGUUGCCACUUUGCCUUUAAGAUGCCGGGGUUGGUGGGGAGUGUUUCCCAACGUAAAUAAUAUCGUUAGUAUAAGUCUAAUAAUUGGAAUCCUAGCUGGUGUGGAAAGCUAAUUAAUCUUGUUCUUCAUGAGAUUUGCACAGGGUUUGGCACAGAUGGUAUCAGGCCUCCUUUCUUCCCCUGAUGUUUGUUUGUAUUUCUUUUUAGAAGAAAACCCUUCUGUUAAUGGCGGUAUUUACUCUCCCAUCUAGUCUGGACCUGAAUUCCCCCAAGGAAGAGUCACCGAGUCUAAUCCUGCACAAUAUGAAACAAUGCCUCUUGUUUCUCCCCAUAUCAGUUCUCAACAGGCAAGACUAACAAUGCUAAGCAGCGGCGAGGGUGGCUCAGGCCUGGCGGUCCAGUACUGGAAAGACAACAGAGCAGGAAGGGAAUAUUUCCUUGUUUCAGUUGUCAUGAGAGAAAUCUCAGUUUGAGAGAACUGUUGGAGUACUGUUUUGAUCCCUUCAUUCUGUUUUGCCCAGAGUGCUUGGAUCCCUUUAGGAUUUAGGGCUGACUUGGAUGCAGAUCAGAUUGCAGAGAAGGGAUUCUAACCCCUGGGGGACUUUUCUCUACGGCUUGGAAAACAGAGAAGGGAACCAGGUUAGAUGGGCUUGUUUUUCAAACACAGUGAGAUUUUUAUUUUUAGUUUUAAAAGACCAGCCGGAAUGGAGAUGCCUUGAAAUGAAGCAUCCCCAUGUGCUUUCCCUGUUCUGCAAGGCACAGCCAGAGAUUACUGGAGAUGCCUCAAAGAGCUGUCGCCCUCAUAAUCCCUAGAAUUUGUAAAUGGUUUAUAGUGAUCAGCUUUUAGACUACAGGGAUGCGGUGGGUGGGAUUAUGAAAACAUAAAAAAAAAAAAAUUAAACAAGAGGACUAGAAACUUGACCAUCACCAGGCUAUCUUCUUCUGUUUUGGGGUUGGCACGGGUACCUGUUUCACUACUGCUCUGAGGCCAGCCCCCAAUUUUGUUCUCAUUCAGGUAGAAUUUGGUUCAGUGAAAGAAUAAAUGUUUUUAAGUAGGUAAGAGCUCUUCAUUUGUGAUUAAAUUUUAUAGAAUUUCUAACAUAGGCGGGUAAUAUUUUUCAUAGGGCGCGGGAGGGACACGUGUUGGUUUAUUUCACCAGCUAAAAAUCUGGUUUUUUUUUUCUUCUGCCUUCAAUGUUUAUCCUUAACAAUGCCCAAUAACUCCAGAAUGUUGACGAUCAAGUCCUGUAUAUGCUGCUGUUUUGGAUAACUGACAUUUUAGCUCUGGUUCAGCAAAAAGAAAAAAAGAAAGAAAAACCUCACAAAAGGAAAAUAAAUUUUGAGUUUCGUAUGUUUUCAAA